AUGGGAAGUACCUUCAGCCUGUGCCUUGACCCCCUACGAUAUUUUUUAAAUACCUGGGUGUUGGAAAAGCAGUAUCCACGUCUCGAAGAUUUAUGUUCUCUCUUGGCUUCGCUGACUACUACUCCCCGCACUAACAGUGGUUAUUCCAAUGAAUAUCCAAUACAUCCACCUUUCGGGAUAUCAACAAGCAGCGGUGUCUCUUUUGACAGCAGGUGGUUCGCUAUGCCCACAGGAAACUUGGAUUGUGUCAAGGGUGCAAUGAAGCGGUUGCCCAAGAAAAUGCCCGCCAGUGGUACUGCAAAGAAGUGUGAAUCGUCUGUUUUUACCAUUGCAAAGGAUACUGAAAGCGUGGUUAUGGUGCUAGAAUGUUCCGGAAAUCUUUCACAAAAAGAGAUUCACUCAGCCUUGUGGACUAACUAA